AGGAGAAGGAGGAGGAGAAGGAGGAGGAACUGCACCCCGCCGGUGCCGCUUCACUCACCGCCCCUCGCUCGGCGCAGCGGCGGAGGGGCUCUCGGAGCCGGGUCGGACGGGGAGGGCGCCCGCGGGACAGGUAGCCACCUUUUUGGAAAGAUGACUCUUCACUUGAGGUCUUUGUUUGGCUUCCCUGUCAUACUCCUGUACCAUUGGAUGGGGACAACUUUAUCUUUGAAUCUGGAAGAUCCCAAUGUGUGUAGCCACUGGGAAAGUUACUCAGUUACAGUGCAAGAGUCAUAUCCGCAUCCUUUUGAUCAAAUUUACUACACCAGCUGUACUGACAUCCUAAACUGGUUUAAGUGCACACGACACAGGAUCAGUUACCGUACUGCCUACAGACAUGGUGAAAAAACGAUGUACAGGCGUAAAUCCCAGUGCUGUCCUGGAUUUUAUGAAAGCAGGGAAAUGUGUGUCCCUCAUUGUGCUGAUAAAUGUGUACACGGUCGUUGUAUUGCUCCGAACACCUGUCAGUGUGAGCCUGGCUGGGGAGGACCCAACUGCUCCAGUGCAUGUGACAGUGACCACUGGGGACCUCACUGCAGCAGCCGCUGCCAGUGCAAGAAUGGAGCGUUGUGCAACCCCAUCACUGGAGCCUGCCACUGUGCAUCAGGUUUCAAAGGUUGGCGUUGCGAGGAGCGCUGUGAUCAAGGAACAUAUGGAAAUGACUGCCAUCAAAGAUGUCAGUGUCAAAAUGGAGCCACCUGUGACCACGUGACUGGAGAGUGCAGAUGUCCUCCUGGAUACACUGGUGCCUUCUGCGAGGACCUCUGCCCCCCCGGGAAGCAUGGGCCCCAGUGCGAGGAGAGGUGCCCCUGCCAGAAUGGAGGCAUCUGUCACCACGUCACCGGGGAGUGUGCCUGCCCACCAGGAUGGAUGGGCAUGGUCUGUGGUCAGCCUUGUCCUGAGGGUCAUUACGGGAAAAACUGUUCCCAGGAGUGCCAGUGCCACAACGGAGGGACCUGUGACUCAGCCACAGGUCAAUGCCAUUGCAGCCCAGGUUACACAGGGGAACGAUGCCAAGAUGAGUGUCCAGUGGGGACUUACGGAGUGCAAUGCGCUGAGACCUGCAAGUGUAUGAAUGGUGGGAAAUGUUACCAUAUUAGUGGUGCCUGUAUCUGUGAACCAGGAUACACUGGAGAGCGCUGUGAAACGAGGCUUUGCCCUGAAGGAAUUUAUGGUCUCAAGUGUGAUAAAAAGUGUCCCUGCCACAUGUCUAAUACCUGGAGCUGUCACCCAAUGUCUGGGGAAUGCUCCUGCAAGCCCGGUUGGUCUGGGCUCUACUGCAACGAGACAUGCUCUCCAGGAUUCUAUGGCGAGUCAUGUCAGCAGAUCUGCAGCUGCCAAAAUGGUGCUGACUGCGAUAGUGUAUCUGGAAAAUGCACCUGUGCCCCUGGAUUUAAGGGUGCUACUUGUGGUACUCCCUGUCUUCUGGGAACAUAUGGAGUAAAUUGUUCAUCUGUAUGCAACUGCAAAAACGAUGCUGUCUGUUCACCAGUAGAUGGUUCUUGUGCCUGCAAAGCAGGUUGGCAUGGUGUAGAUUGCUCAAUAAAUUGUCCCAGUGGUACCUGGGGACUUGGCUGUAACUUAACUUGCCAGUGUCUUAAUGGAGGGGCUUGCAAUGCUCUGGAUGGAACCUGUACCUGUGCCCCGGGCUGGAGAGGAGAAAAAUGUGAACUCCCUUGCCAGGAUGGCACAUAUGGUCUGGACUGUGCUGAACGCUGUGACUGCAGCCAUGCGGAUGGUUGUCAUCCCACCACAGGAUACUGUCGCUGUCUGCCGGGAUGGUCAGGAAUUCACUGUGACAGUGUGUGUGCUGAGGGACAGUGGGGUCCAAAUUGCUCGUUGUCUUGUUACUGCAAAAAUGGAGCAUCCUGCUCUCCAGAUGACGGAAUCUGUGAGUGUGCACCAGGAUACAGAGGCACCACUUGUCAGAGAAUUUGUUCCCCUGGGUUUUAUGGACACCGCUGCAGCCAGACAUGCCCACAGUGCGUACACAGCAGUGGUCCCUGCCACCACAUUACUGGCUUGUGUGACUGCUUACCUGGAUUUACAGGAGCCCUCUGUAAUGAAGUAUGUCCCAGUGGCAGAUUUGGCAAGAACUGCAUUGGCAUAUGCACCUGUACCAAUAACGGAACGUGUAAUCCUAUUGAUAGAUCCUGUCAGUGUUACCCUGGCUGGAUUGGUAGUGACUGCUCUCAGCCUUGCCCACCUUCCCACUGGGGACCAAACUGCAUCCACACCUGCAAUUGCCAUAAUGGAGCUUACUGCAGUGCCUAUGAUGGGGAGUGCAAAUGUACGCCAGGAUGGACUGGCCUUUACUGUACACAAAGAUGUCCCCUAGGGUUUUACGGGAAGGACUGUGCACUGAUAUGCCAAUGUCAGAAUGGAGCUGACUGUGACCACAUCAGUGGGCAGUGCACCUGCCGCACAGGGUUCAUGGGGAAGCAUUGUGAGCAGAAAUGUCCUCAAGGCACAUAUGGGUAUGGAUGCCGGCAGAUAUGUGACUGUCUGAACAACUCAACUUGUGACCACAUCACAGGAACAUGUUACUGCAGCCCAGGCUGGAAAGGGGCCAGGUGUGAUCAAGCUGGUGUAAUUAUAGUGGGAAACUUGAACAGUUUAAGCCGUACCAGUACUGCCAUCCCUGCUGAUUCUUACCAGAUAGGGGCUAUAGCAGGCAUCAUUAUUCUUGUCCUGGUUGUGCUUUUCCUGCUAGUGCUGUUCAUAAUUUACAGACAAAAGCAGAAAGGAAAAGAAACAAAUAUGCCUGCAGUGACCUAUACCCCUGCUAUGAGGGUCAUCAAUGCUGAUUACACCAUUUCAGAAACCAUUCCUCAUGGUAGUGGUGGAAAUGCAAACAGUCACUAUUUCUCUAAUCCUAGUUAUCAUACUCUAACUCAAUGCACUACCCCACCUCAUGUCAACAGCAUGGACAGGCUGACCCUGGCAAAGGCAAAAAACAGCCAGCUGUUUGUGAACCUUAAAAAUGUGGAACCUGGAAAACGAGGCAACAUCAUGGACUACACAGGGACACUGCCAGCAGACUGGAAACAUGGUGGCUACCUCAAUGAGCUUGGUGCUUUUGGACUUGAUAGGGGAUAUUUGGGAAAGUCCCUGAAAGAUCUAGUGAAGAACUCAGAAUACAAUUUAAGUAAUUGCUCUUUAAGUAGUUCUGAGAACCCAUAUGCUACUAUAAAAGACCCACCGGCUCUUGUACCAAAAAGUUCAGAAUGUGGAUAUGUUGAAAUGAAGUCACCAGCACGCAGGGACUCCCCAUAUGCUGAGAUCGCCAGCUCUGCUUCAGCCAACAAGAACAUUUAUGAAGUUGAACCUACGGUGAGUGUUGUCCAGGGAGCAUUCAGCAGCAGUGGACCUUUCAGCCAGGAUCCUUAUGAUCUUCCAAAAAACAGCCAUAUUCCAUGUCAUUAUGACUUGCUACCAGUUCGAGAUAGCCCCAAAUCCUCUGCAAAAGGGGUCAGCAGUGAAUGACCCCAAAAGCUGAUGUGUAGCACAGUGGGACUCUGAAGGGGCAAAGUGGCAUGGUUGUGCUCCUUCCUCUAGUUCUACCAUUAUAUUUGGCUCCUAAUCUGUCCAGCAGACAAUUGCUGUACAUUAAACAGAAUCUCAACAUGAGGUUUGUAUUGUGUAUACAAGUGACAGAUGGACAAAUGCCACACUCUGGGGAUCCUCUUCACGCUUUUUUUUUUCAUGGCAGUAAAUUUUAUAGAAACAGGUAUGCAACACAUUUAUACUGAAAUAUACUGGCUUAAAAACAUUAGUUUGCAGAUCAGUGUUGAUAACAACCCAUUUCAACAGUUUUAAAUAUAGACUUCAUGUUUGUCACGUUUGAGGAGAAGUACUCCCAGGACACUGCAAUUUACCAAAUACCACUUCAUGUAAGUGAUCUGAGUUACUAGUUAUGCAGAAGAAAAACUGCCUUGCCAAAUUUUACCUUCCAUUCUGAUCUUUAGUCAAGACAUACUAAGAGACAAGAUCUGAUGGGGAUAAGUAAGCACAAUUCUGCAGUUUGGGAAAUCCAUCAGUACACGUUUUUGUCCAUUACUGGUGGUAGGCAUACCAUAUUGAAUAUUUUUGCAGAUAAAAUCAUUGUGUACAUCCAUAUUACAUGCCUCAAUAUCUCUUGGUACUGCAGCACCAGUCUUCAAUGAAUCUUUUGCUACUGUUCAUAUGCUGCAGUUCUGACCACUGUUUCUGCCGUAUACAAAUAAUCCAUAACAUAUCAGUAAUCACUUCAGAAAUAUGUAACUUAAAUCAGUUUAUUUUUGUCACCAUGGACUGUUUAUGUAAGGAGUGGACAAAGGUGAUGACUGCUGUAAAUCUUAACUGCAAGGAAGGGUUUACAUUUUAUAAACAGGUAGUAAUAAUGACUGUAAUAUAGAAUAAAAACAGUAAAGUGUUGUUUUCUUUCUUAGAAAUAACUAAGCAAUCUCUGUGCAUAUUUGCUCAAAAGGCACCUUUUCUUUUUUAUAGUUGAUGUAGGGAAACAUGCUUAAGCUGGUCUUUUGCAUUGCUAAUAACGUGCUCCCCAUUCUUCAUUAACUUGUGUCUCCAUUUUUACGCUGUGUGUCUGUGUUUUUAGUGAUCUGUCUUGUAACUGCAAAAGUACUCCACUGUGUGUCCAUUUCUUUUGCAUUUUUGCUAACUGGACUUUAUUUUAUCUGGUUAUAGACACCUCUGUGCAGGAGGAGAGUACUAAAGUAAGAAUUCCUGUCAUACUGAUCUCUGUCAGAGGUAGUUAGCAUAGUAGUUUAACUUAACAAAUUAACUAGGAAAAAAAAAAAUCCAAACCAACAAGAUGGUUUUUUUGAGGAUAAUAAGACGAAUGCAGGAAAAAAGUAAAAACAGUCCCUCUGUGAAGUUUAGCGCAUUCUGUUGACUGUAUGGAUGGAGACAAUCUUUCCAAAAGGCUCCUUUUUCUCCCUUCAAAAGAGUCUUGUUUUUUAAGUGCACAGUUCAGUGGAAAUUAAAUUUGCCAAGGUAUCCAUGUAUUGAAGGAAAAUUGUUGCCCAGACAUGUCAGCCUAAAAAAAAAAUAAUGGUCGAUACAGGUUGGACAUUCUCUUUCCGUCGAAAGUUACCUUUAGAAACCUAAAAAUGAUGUCGCAAUAUUAUUUCAGCUGCUGUUGCUGUCAGUGAUGCUACCUGCUAAUCAUAGUCCAGCAGGCAGUAACAUUACCCUGGCAAGCUUUUUCACCUUGCCCUGGUGGUACUCUGUAGCUUCUUGUGAAUAGCUUGUCCUAGGGGUUGGUAUAUCCCCAACUGAUGAAGAAAGGACACAAGUGGUUGCAUUAUAUGACAUAUAAGGGAAAGCACUAGUCCUCUUUCUGCGUUUGGGGUCACAUUUUGGCACAUGAGACCUGUGAUAAUGAUGAUAGGAAAGGCAGUCAAUAGGUUAAGAAUUCUGUGUAUGUGCUUCCCAACUUAGCACAGAGAGUGCCACAAUUUUUAUUGUUACAUCUGGACUGUAAUACAGUCUGAGACAAAGUCUUAUCGCUAUUGUGAGAACAUUGAUAUAUUCUGAAGAAAAUCACAACCAGUUGCCUUUGGAAUACUAAAUGCAACAGAGGAUCAACUGGAAGAAAAACUGGAAAAAAAAUUGGAUUAUUAUUUUUGUUUUUUUUAAAAGGAACCCCAGAGCUGAAAUGGAAAUACAGUUUGCUUUUAGUUGUUGUCACUGAAGUGGUGAUAAAUGAGAGAUCUGCAACUGAAGACAUCAUUGCGGAUGUGUCCAAGCCUGAGAAUGUAUAUGCCUGCAUGAAGUGCACCGUGACAUACUUAGUUCUUUCUAGCCAUAAGCACUGGCUCUUUUGCAAUUCCCUGGGCAUUUCUUAUAUAUCUUUGGAAUAAAUAAUUUGAUUAUCUUUGCAUUUUGCAAGUACAGAAAUUAACUACAAGACUUCAAAAGCCAGUUACAAUUUAAUCCUUCUGUAAGGCAAAAGUAUUGAUUUGGUUUGUGUGCAUAUAGAUAACAUGUAGAGCUACUGGUAUAUACUUGUGUUUGUACCUUAUGAAACAGACUUUAAAAUAAAACCUUUCUUCUCUCAA